AUGGUCCACGUCAAGGUCGUGCUGCUCUGCAAGGGCCGUGGCGGUGACGCGGCGUCGUACCAGCCCCACCGAGACGAGAGCCAGUGGUGGAAUCGCCGUGACGCUCUUGUCCGUUGUGUCUCUGCCUUUCUGCAUGGCCCUUCCAGCGCCUACUGCACGAGCCGCGAGCUCGUGCUCGUGCAUGACGAGGACUGGGCGCGCAUGCACGUGACGAAAGGCGACGCGACGCCGUCCGAGUUCAACGUGGUCAACGCGUGGCGCGAAACCGCUCAACACGCAAAGGCGUCGUCUGCGUCCAGCGCCGUCGCGUGCAAGCUCGUCCAGAGCGCGCUAUCCAUCGCUGGAGCCGACACGGUCGCGGCCAUGGAGAGCAAGCGCGAAGUGCUCGAGCAUCUGCAAAAGCACUGCGACAUGGACUUUCUGCGCGGCCACCGCCUCAACAGCAAGCCGGACGUCGUCUUGCGCAAGACCAACAAGCAGGCGCUGCUUCGCGUCUGGGACGAGUGGACUGCCACCCACGGCACGACCGCCGCCUCCAAAAAAGACGUUGUGAACGCCAUCUUCCACGACAUGCUACAGCCGCGCGACGCUUCCAUCAAGCGCGUGAUUGCAGCCACGCUGCACGAGUCAAGCGAUGCCGAGCUGCCAUGCUUCAACACCGACUUGGCGCCCACAGACGACCCGAGCCUCCAGAUCGUCCUCUUCCUCGGCGCCGUCCGGGAUAUGACGCCGACCGAAAACAACAUUCUGCAGCAGCUCUGCGCCACACAGAACAUCUCGCUCACGGGUGUCCGGCUCGGCGCGGUGCCUGAGUUUACGAGCAAGAUCCUCAGUGUCAUCGCGUACCACCAAGCGCGGGGCGUCCUCGGUCCCGCCCUCGAGCGCGCAUGCGCCGUCGAGACAGAAGCGCCACCGGCCAAGCGACAGAAGACAACAGCAGAGGCCACGUCAGUGCCUGUCCAUAUGCACGUCGUGGCGGCCGUGCCCAUGGCGUCGUCCGGCGUCUCCACCGACCUUGGGUCUCGGUCGCAGGCGCUCUGGGCCAUGGUGCGCCUCCUUGUCGUGACCUUGUGGCGAUCGCGAAUUGCGUCGUCGGGCGAGGUACCUCUCACGACCGCGCUGACGUUUGUCUUUGAAGACGCCGUCGCGCUCACGCUCAAGCAAGACGAGCUCGUGACUGCCCUCGCCGAGCAGCAUCAGGCUGCGCCGUGUGAGUACCAGAUCCUCCGUGCGCUGUGCCAGUACCUCGCAGCCGCUACGCCCGAUGCCGACGUUGCGACCAUGGCGUCGCGCCUUGUGGAGGGAAGUACGAUGGCGAUCGACGUCUCAAAUGCAGCGGCGGAGCGCGGGCUCUACGAGGCGUUCUACACAACAGAGGCGAUUGCUAGCGCCGGCGAUGCCAUGCGACUGCUCGUGCUCGUGCCAUUGGCGCCGACGCAUGCCGGCCACGACGCUGUCGUUGCUGCUUGCGCGCAUGGGGGCGUGCCACUCGUGUCCCAGUCGCUGCUGCCCUCGCCCGAGAUGGUGCCCGUGCACGAUGCGGAAGCUGCGACGGUGACCAUGCUGCAGCACCUCCUCUACCAGCAGCGCCUUGGAUCUGCUUUGGCGUCGCUUGCGCCCACGAAGCAGCCAAAGAAGGCCAAGAAGACCAAGAAGGAAAAGAAGACCAAGAAGAGCAAGACGCAGGCGAUAGAUUCCACGGGCGCGAAACCGUAG